GUCUCUUUUUAAACUUAAGUCACACCCACCCCAAUUCAAGCGCUGGUUGUUCAUCGUGUGUGGGCGUGUAUCUGUGUCUAAGCUGGCCAAUCGCGUGAGCCUACGAUUUGUCAAUGGACCAAUGGGCACAAUGCUUUGUCCCGUUUGCUGUAGGCAGCGCGGAGUUUGAAUCGUUACGGAGUGAUCGCGACAUGAGAACCGGGACAUUAUAAACAUCCAGGGAUUGCAGAACGCGUGCGAUGAGUUGGGUGGUGGAAGAAUGGAAGGAGGGACUUCCGACAAAAACCCUCCAGAAAAUCCAGGAGCUGGAGAGUCAGCUGGACAAACUGAAGAAAGAGCGGCAGCAGAGGCAGUUCCAGUUUGAGUCGCUGGAGGCGGCGUUCCAGAAGCAGAAGCAAAAGGUUGAAAGCGAAAAGAGUGAGGUGACUGCACUCAAGCGCGAGAACCAGAGCUUGAUAGAAUUAUGCGACACCCAGGAAAAGACAAAGCAGAAGCUAAUUCACGAUCACCAAGUCAAAGAAUCGCAGGCCAACUUCCUGGAAGGGCAGCUGACAUCCAGCAAGAAGCACAUUGAGAAGCUGGAGCAAGAACUGAAACGCUAUAAGAAUGAUUUGGAGAAAAGCCAACACUCCUUUAAUGCCGGGGACAUGUCUCUGUGUGUCACUCCGCAGAAAGCUUCAGCUGUUGUGUGUACACCUAAUAAUUCCAGAGACUCCAAAUAUGAUGAGCUACUGGACAAAUACAACAAAGAAGUUGAAGAAAGAAAGAGGCUGGAAGCGGAGCUGAAACUGAUUCAGUUAAAAACCGCAAAUCCGCCUCCUCAGCCCUCCUCCCAAGGCACGAUGAAUCACAGGGACAUCGCACGUCACCAGUCCUCCUCCUCUGUGUUUUCGUGGCAGCAGGACCGGACGCCAAGCCGUUCCUCGCACGGCAGCCACGAGACCCCUCUUAAGAGAAGCUUCGCGUCGACUCACUUUCCGUGGGAGCAAGAGGAGACCCCCAUCAAAAAGGGCUACAAACCGGAUAAUUCUCUGAAUGCACCCGAUUCCUGCAACGUGCAAGCCCACGAGCAACUGAGAAUUCAGAAUCAAGAACUAAAGUCCAAGAUAAGCGAGAUGGACAUCAAAUUACAAGUGCAAGAAAAAGAGCUGAAAAACCAGGUCAACAGAUUUCAAGAAAUUCAAAUUCUAUUAGAAAAAACUCAGACGGAGCUCUCCGAAAAAGACAAAGCACUGACAAAAAGCAGGGAUGAUCUAGCCCGAGGGAAGAUGCAGCUGGAGCAGUCUAAUGAUAAGUGUGUGUUAAUCGAGCAAAAACUGAAGAAGGUUUCGGAGGAGCUCAGCUGCCAGAGACAGAACGCAGAAAGCGCCCGAAUUACUCUGGAGCAGAAACUAAAGGAAAGAGAAAAGGAAAACCAACAGGAACUUUUGCGCCUACAAAAUUCCCUUCAAAACAUGGAACAGCAGCUCAACCAGACAAAGGCGAGACUGAGUCAGGAGUCUCAGCAAGCAAAGAACGAAUUCAACGCCGUCCAGUCUGAGCUCGACAAAAUGAACCACGCAAAAAGAAUUUUGGAAAUCGAAACAGAAGAACUGAAGCAGAAACUUUCCAGAUCAGAACAAGCUUUGAACGCAUGCCAGAAAAAUGAGCACGACUUUAAGAAACUUAUCGAGGAAGCAAAACGCGAACAAAACGCCCUCAAAAGUCAGUAUGAUCAGAAAAGUAAAGAGGCGCUUAAACUGGAGGAAGAGCUCAAGACCGUCAAUCAGACUUUAAGGCAAAACCAACUAUUUGCAGAGGAACAGAAAAAUAAAACCACAGCCCUAGAAGCAGAGCUGAAAUCCGCCCUUGAAAAAAUGCAAGAUCAAGAUUCUGCUAGUUUUGAGGGUCUGAAAAUGACCGUGUCUAAUUUGGAAAAAGAAAGGGAUUUCUGUUCGGAAGUGUUGAAGAAGAGAGAGCUGGAUGCGGAACAGUCAAAGAUCACGCUGGCAAGAAUGGAGGAACAAUCCGCGGCUUUAAAACAUCAAGUGAACUCUAAAGAGAAGGAAUGCAAAGAGUUAAUCGUUGCAAACAUUUCACUUUGCGGUUUGAAGAAUGAGCAGGAAAAAGCCAUCGGUGAACUUUCCAAAGAGAGAGAAGAUCUGGCGCAGAAAAUUGGAGGCUUCGAAAACGUCAUUCAGACUCAUCUGGGUCAAAUCCACCUGCUAGAAAACGAUAAGAACAAUCUAAACACUCAGAUAAAAACCCUACAAGAUAUAGUGGAAGCUAAAGGGGCCGAGCUGGAAAUCCAGAAAGCCGCGUGCCGUGGGCUGGAAUCUGAAAGCCAAACGUUCAGAAACGAAAUGGAACGGUUACUGCGGCAAAUAUCCGACCUGAAAGGGCACGUUGCGGAGCUAAGUUCUUCAUCUUCUCUGGACCGAGCAUCUUGUUUAGAGAAGGCGUUGGAUGAAGAAAAGCAGGCGAAUGCUGAAUUGCAAAGGCAGCACGACGAGCUUCUGGAAAAUCACACGGCCCUGAAAAACCGCCUGGCGGAAUAUGAAGCUGCUCACCAACAGCUUGUAGCGGAGUCUAAAAGCUUAGAGAACAAGGUUGCCUCUGAGGAGCGUUAUAUUGAAUCGGUGGUCGCUGCCAUAAAGGUAAAGGAUGAGGAGAUUGAUUCCUUGUCGGAAAAGUUAAGACUUCAGGAGAAAGACUUGCAAGCCGCCCAUCAAACAAACCAAAAGCUCGAUGAUAAACUGCAGGAGAUAAAUCUAAAUUCCGAGUCGUGGUCUGCUGAGAGGGAAGCGCUCGGUAACCUGAUAAGCUCUAAUCAAAGGGAGAUCGAACGGCUGGCUGAUGAAAAUAAAAGAAUCUAUGAGCUUUACGAUAAAGCCCUGAAUAGCCAGAAAACAGAAGCGUCAAAAACAAAUGAUUUAAUUCACGUUGCAGACGAAAAAGAAGAGGCGCGCCACAUUUUGGUUGACGGGCGCAGCGAGGGCUCCAAAGAGCUUGAAGAUCUAAAGUUAGAAUUGGCAGAACUGAAAAAAGUUCAUCAAGAUGUCCAAAAAGCAAAUGGAGAACUCCGGAAACUUGUUUGUGAUCUCCGAAGCCAAGAGCUGUCUCAAAGCAGAGCCUUGGAAGAGUUCAAGGCGAGUCCGGGGUGCGAAGAGAGAGACCCGGUUGAGUUUGAAGCUCCUGAGAUGGAUGUUGAUGAGAAACAGAAGCUUCUGAGAUCUCUCGCAGAAAGCUCUGUCGACCUCGAUGACGUUUCUAUCCUUGCCGGCUGCGAUAAUGAGAGGAGCUGUACCCAAGAGCAUCCAGAGGGCGGCGGACGUCGACUUGAAACGGCUUCACAUAGUAUUUGUAGAAACAGUUUGAGUGAAGAACAUGCUCCGGUGCUUUCUGAUAUCCCAGCGGACGUUUACGAUUCCGUUGAUGCGAGCGAGGCGGGUGCAAUCCUCGAAGCGAAUCAUUUCGGAGGCCGUCGCUCCAUUUCUGAUCGUUUUCCAUCGAAAAAGCUAAAUACGGAGUCAAAAGACACGGAUGUUUUAGAGCAAAGUCUUGACGCCGGAAACUUAAUACAGCUGCUGGCGUUAUACCAAACGGAGGUAGACGACCUAAAAAAACAGCACAUUUCAGAAAUGGCCGUUCUGCACCAAAAAAUGAAAGCUAAAGCUGCAGAGAUGGAGACAAAGCUGGCGGAAGAGAAGAAGCAGACCGAGCAGUUAUCGUUGGAGUUGGAAGCUGCCCGACUGGAGCUGCAGUGCCUUGACCUGAGCGCCCGAUCGAUACUAUCUUUUGACGUCGACGAUUUAACAAGAACCUUUGAUGCCACAAAUCAGAGCCUGUGUUCUGUUUUACCAAUAGGAAGUUUAUCCCUAAAUAACACUCUUUCUCAGAUUGUCCACGAUCCGAAAGACCCCAUCCAGAGUCCUUGUUCUAAAAAUACAGGGGAAACAAAACAGGGGGCAAACCUUGUGGUCUUGAGUCAGGACAAGUCACCUGGACAAGAAGAACUCACAAGCGAGAUUACUGAAGACGUUAAACGUUCCCCGAAAUCAGCUGAGGAUUAUAAUUCGGUUAGUAACCCUGAUACUCCCUCAGACCGCUUAAAAUCUCAUAUUGAAAAUCUCAGGGUGCAAGCUCAGCAAUUUUCCAACGAGAACUUGAAGCUUCUUGAACUUGUGAAAGAAGGAGAGGCUAAGAUUGAAACGUUGGUUGCCGAAAUAACAAAUCUCAAUGUAAAGAUUGAGAUGCAGAAAUCUGAAUUUUCUGGAAAGGAAACUUCAACCUCGGAACUUCAGAGCAAAGUAAAGGAACUCGAAGACGGAAGAGUUCUUUUAUUUGAAAAACUCGAGUCGCAUUCCUCCGAGAAGCAACAGUUAACUGCAAGAGUCGGGGACCUGGAAAAAGAUCUAAGUAGCCUUUCUAAUACAGCAGAGAUGCUGAAAAUCCAGUUGUCCGACUUGUCUGCCAUACGUGAAGGUUUAGAAAUAUCUAAUGGAGAACUGAGGGAAAAAUAUCUUCAGACCGAGAACGAACUGAAAAGAACCAGGUCUGAGAAGUCAAACAUUGAGAGUCAUGCGCUGUCCAUGGAAGCUGAUCUGGAUGCUCUUCAAGCUAAAUGCCAACACCUACAGGAUGAAAAUGCAGAGAACUUAAAAUCCGUAACAACCUUACAGGAGAGAAUUACCCAAGUCCUGGAAGAGAAAAUGUUAAUGAAUCAAGAAUUAGAGAGCUUGACUGAAGAGAAGGCGGAGCUUGAGAAAACGUGCGAGAGAAUGAAAGCAAAGGAAAACGAGUUGGAGAUGAAUAAGACAAACACCAGAGAACUUAUUAAAAUACUGGAAGCUGAAAUACGCGCUCUAAAGUCCGAGCUUCACGAUGCAAAGUCCGUCACAGAACAGAUGUCCAGAGAAAGAGAGAGUCUGAUUGGCUUGCAAGAGAUCGAGAACAGCAGAAGUUCGCAACUAGAAGACCUACAGAACCAGAUCCAGCAAAUGCAAGAGGAGAGGUCCGUUCUGCUGCAACAGUCAGAAGAAAUCCGGGCCGAGCUGAGUGCUGCGCGAACCGAGAAGAACGAGUUGUCUGGAACCCUAGAACGCUGCCAGUCCGAGAAACACGAAAUGGCCACGAGUUUGCGCUCGGCCCAGGAAGAGGUUUCCCUGAUGCGCGCCGGGAUAGAGAAACUCAAAAUUAAAAUCGAAUCUGACGAUAAGAAAAAACGCCACGUGUUCGACAAGCUUAAAGAGGCCGAGCGAAGCGUAGACGGCCUGAAGGACAAGAUCGAGAGUCUGGAACGGGAACUGGCCAUGUCCGAAGAAAACCUGGAAGGUGUAAUUCUUCAGACGGAGACGAUCAAGGAGGAAGCGGAAAACCUGAAGUCGCAGAAAGAGGUUUUGGAGAAUGAAAUGAAUACUUUCAGGAGAAAGGCAACCGAUCUUGAAAACAAACUUAUGGUGAAACAGGAGACAAUAGUGACGUUAGAAGCAACGAUACGGAGUCUUACGGGCGCUCUGGAAAAUAACGAAAUGGCGCAGAAAACAUUUAAAGAGGAGUCAGAAAAAGAGCAGCUGUCGCUUCAAAUGCAGUUAAGCGAGUUACGUGAACAAAAGAAAUUGUCUGAGGAGAAGUUUGAGGAAGACCGGACCAAACACGUUAACCGGAUAUCUCUCUUAGAGCAAAACGAAACCCAGUUGUCGAGCCGGUUAGAAGAGGCGCAAAUCAAAUACAGGGAUCUGGAGCGUUCCGUGGAGAAACUUACCGCUGACUUGGACAUCUGCAAAACGAAACUGGAGGACAAGACGGAGCGGCUCCUGAUUCUCGAAGACGGACUAAAAGGAGCCGAGCGGCUGGAAAAUAAAUACUCUGCGGAGCUCUCGCGGUCCGAGGUGGAGAGAGAGAAUUUGAGAAACGAGAAAGAGACGCUUCGGGCCGCGGUGGACAAACUGGAAGCGAUGUUGCAGAAUGUAUCCGCGGCCAACCGCUCGCAUGAGGCGACCAUAGCGGAUCUGAGGAAGUCCUGUGAAGAUUUACAAAUCAAAGCGGAGUCUUCUGCCGCGGAAAAUACAGCGCUUCUGCAAAAGGCAGACAAAUUGUCCGAAAACUGCGAUGAAUUACAGCAAAAGCUACGCGAGGCCGAGCAGCGCAUCGAAACACUUCAACAAGCAAGCGCUUUGGAAAGGAAGGCCCUCGAAGAGCAAACGCAGACAGUAAGGCAGCAAAACGAAGAAAACAACACUCUUCUGCUCUCUAUGACAUCGCAAAGAAAAGAAAUGGAAGAGACGAUCGCAAACCUUCGCCUUCAGGCGCAGAAUAUGAAAGGCGAUAUAGAGGGCUAUGAGAGCCGGCUCCUUCAAGCUGACGCGGAGCAACACGCUCUCCUGGAAGAAAUAAAGCAGCACAAAGGAGAAAUUCAAAGCUACCGAGGGAAAUUGGCGCGAGUCGAAGCUGAUCUUAAUAACCAUAAGCUUGAAAUUCAUCGUUUAAAAGCAGGCAACGAUAAAUUGAAGCAAUCCGCGGUACAAUCCCAGCAGCAGCUGCUAGAGUUUAACCAGCUUAAGGCGGAAGUGGCCCGGCUGGAAGAGGAAAAUGCCGGGACCUGCCGCAAGCUGGACCGGUGGGUGAAAUCCUGCGAAGAGCUGGAGCGUGAAAAGGAGCAGCUAGAAAACCAGAUAAAGCAGCGAGAAGAAGCAGAGAAUCGCUUACACGGAGUGCCAAAUGCAGAUGGCGAGACCAGCCUCAGUGUUUUGAUGGCAGAGUUAGAGGAACUCAAACAGUCUUUGGAAGAGAAGAGUCUGGAAGCAGAUGAGAAUGUCGAAAAAUACUGCACGUUAAUAAUUGAAACCCACAAACUGGAGGAGGCCAAUGAUUCCUUACGGAAAGAAGUGGAUUUGUUGAGUUCAAGGCUGAAAGAACUUGAGACCCUCAAAGAAAGCCCCCCUCUCCCGCCAACGUCCGAAAGUCCUUCGAAGACAUGUAAAGGGAGAAGAAGUAAGGACAGAAGGUCGGUGCCGGGAACCCGGACCUCAAAACGCCAGCGAACCCAGGAGUGCACAGAGGACGUCGGGGAGCAAACAUACACAACGCCUACAUCUCAGCGAGUGACGAAGAGAGUUAAGAAGACCGGCUUGGCUUCUACUCCCCAGACCACUGAAGAUGUGUAUUUGGAGCCAGAGGGGCUUCCGGAGGCUGUGAAAAAGGGAUUUUCAGAUAUCCCAUCAGGUAAGCAAAGUCCUUACGUUCUCAGAAGAACCGAACUCCCGCGGAGGAGAAGUCCCCGUCUCUCUGCACAGAAGCGAUCUCCUUCCAGCCUCCUAGCAGACAGCGACGACCUCGAAAACCUCGGAAAUGUCCCCAACAGGACAGAUGGGGGCAGCAGAUCACAGAAGGUUAAUAAAAUUGAACUAUUUCAACUGGAAGCCGCAGUCGGAUCCAUGGAGUUAUCAUCCCCGCUCUCCACUCACAACAGAUUAAAGGGCCCCGUGGCUCAGAGUCCACGCGUUGGCCACGCAGAAAGAGACCGAGGGACGGCAGACGUCGGCACUUUGCACGAACGGUCCGAGAGCGAGGAAACCUGCAAUGUCCAGUAAUCCAACCGACCUCCCCCCAGGAACGGGAAUUUCUUACGCUGUAACUUUUAUUGGCUUUUAUACAUUUUAUAUAAGUCU